CGCAAAAAAAUAGAUGGAAAUGUUGCAAGGUCAUUGUCCUGAAACAUUAACUCUGUUCUCUUUUCACAGAUGCUGCCCUUGAUGCCUAGUAUUUCCAGCAUUUAUUGUUAUUAGUUCUACAUAAUUAAGUCUUGCACCAGAUUUCAAGUUAACUUUUCCCAUACAGAAAUUACUUUAGAGUGUUAAAUGAUAAAUGGCAUUUUCACUAUAUAGGUGUCAUGGAAUCAUCUUCUCCAAAAAGAUAGGGUUCACCCACCCAUUGACAAGUCUAUCACCAUCAGCGUCCAGGGGAUUGCCAUUGACUGGAAACUCAACUGGUCCAAUCACAGAAAAAUGGAGGCCAGGUCUCAUACGGGCCGUGGGGAGCCCACUGGUGAUGGACCCCAACAGUAUCUGCAGGAAAACAAAGCGCUUGGCUGGUAAGCAAGCCGAGCUGUGUCAAACCGAACCAGAGAUCGUGGGCGAGGUGGCGAAGGGAGUCCGGCACGGGAUCAGGGAGUGUCAGUACCAGUUCCGAUUCCGCAGAUGGAACUGCACUAUCCACAAAUACUUCGGGAAACUUCUUCAACAAGACAUCAGGGAGACGGCCUUCGUUUACUCUAUCACCUCCGCUGGUGUUGUGUACGCUGUGACUCAGGCAUGCAGCAGGGGAGAGCUGCUUCAGUGCGGCUGUGAGAACGAUCUGAGCCGGGCUGCAAUGGCUCCAGCUCUCGGACCGUCCAGGGACGCGAACCCUUGGCAAUGGAGCGGAUGUGGAGACAACGUGGAGUUCGGUUAUGCUAAGUCCAAACAGUUCAUGGACGCUAGGAAGAGAAAAGGUCAAAGUGACAUCAAGUCCUUGAUAGACCUGCAUAAUAACGAGGCAGGCCGGCUGAUGAUUAAGAACUAUAUGCGGACUGAGUGUAAAUGUCACGGCUUAUCUGGCUCCUGUGCAGUCAAAACUUGCUGGAAGAAAAUGCCCCAUUUCCGCGAGGUCGGUGACCGCCUCUUCGAACGCUUCAAUGGGGCCUUCAAGGUGAUGGGCGGCAACGACGGAAAGACCCUGAUCCCGGUCGGCCACAACAUCAAACAGCCGGACAAAGAAGACCUGGUUUACUCCGCAGAGUCCCCCGAUUUCUGUUUGCCCAACAGGCGCACUGGCGUCCCAGGGACAAGGGGCAGAGUAUGUAACGGGACAGCGCUGGACUUUAGUGGCUGUGACUUGCUCUGUUGUGGCCGGGGACACCGAAAAGAGAUGGUAAGCUUCCAGGAGAACUGCAAGUGUCGUUUCCAGUGGUGUUGUGUGGUCCAGUGCAAACAAUGCACAGUCAGAAAGGAACUCAGUGUCUGCGUUUAGCCGAGCUGCAACCCCAACGUCAUUAACCAAAGAUAACCUAUUGGAUAUGAAGAGGAUGUUACAACUUUACAGAAAAUUCUAGCUUCAAUGCAGAAGCUCCUCCACCCCAACAGGAGAGAGAUGCUCAUCACUUUCCCCUAAGUUUGGAGUAUCGCGAAGAAUCUGAAGAGAAACGUCUCCGUAGUGGUGAAGUUUCCUCAAUAAACAGAGCCUUCAUCAAGCUGCAGACCUGCUAUGGGAAAGGGGGGGGGGGCAGGGCGAGGGAGGGAGGUGUUUAUCACGCAGAGCUUGGAAUUAUAAACGCCUAAAAGAUGAUUAUCCCAUAUAAUUUCUGCCUGAACACAUAUAGAAUUAUUUUUGUAUUGGUAUAAAAUGUCAGAAAGUUUUUACCCCGGCUUAUUAGCUGCCCCGGCUUAUUAAAAGGAAGAUGAGCUUUGAUAAACGACUUUAUGGUGUUCGUAGAGUUCGAACUAAAUAGAGAUAGGUAAGAACAUGGGUUAUUUAAAAUAAAAGUUUACUUUUUAGAUCGACUGAUUCAUUUUGUAUUCAUCCAGUAUUUCUACAAAAACCAUAGAAAACACUACAUAAUAAAUUGAAUGGAAACGAUCCAUGUUUGCUGUGUU